AAAAAAAACUGACAUCUCUCUCUCUCCUACCUCACGACACUCUCUCUCCUCAAAACAGCUCCUUCAUUUUUUAUUUUGCGCAGCCACCACUUCCCGGUCAGAUUCCGGCGCCGUCCGACGUCAUUUGGCGGCGCUUCCUUCACGAAAGUUGUUCUCCUCCUCCUCCUAUACAAAGCCCAUCUGAUAUCUGUCCUUGAAAGGCUAAGACUUCUCCAGAUUUUGGAUGUGAAAAUUGACGAAAAAUCUGCCAGAUUUUUGUCAAAACUUUCCGUUGCUCGUUCCGGCGAUUCCGGCCACCAUUUUCUUCGAUCUAGGUAUAGGUCUUGACCGGCGGUUUAGAGAUUUUCCGAUUGCCGGAAUCGCUUUGGACAACCACACAUUGCUGGCGCAUGUGGCCGGGCGUGGGCACUGUUUUGGUGUCUCUCUUGGUCCUAAAAUGAUCCUCAUGUCUUCCCAAGUACGAUGAUAUUCUAAGAAUCAAACAGAGCUUGGAAAUUGAUUUCAACGUGUAUCUUUUCGUCUUGCUCAAAAGUGUCGUUGCACUGCUCUCUCUCUCACACACGCACAAAUGGAAGUAUCAGUGGUGGCUAGUGUUGCACUACGUGUUUUUUGGGUGAGCAUAGUAAUUACAUGGGCAUGGAGGGUGCUGAAUUGGGUGUGGCUGAGGCCGAAGAGGCUAGAAAGAUGUCUAAGGCAGCAAGGUUUGGCGGGCAACUCGUACAGGCUUUUGGUAGGAGACACGAAGGAAAGCUCCAUGAUGGUGAAAGAAGCGAAAUCUAAACCGAUGAACCUCUCCCAUGAUAUAACGCCACGUGUCCUUCCUUUUCUUCAUCAAUCUGUGACCACUUAUGGUAAGAAUUUUUUUAUUUGGAUUGGGCCCACACCAAGAGUGAACAUCAGUAAUCCAGCGGAUGUGAAAGAUGUAUUUACAAAAUAUGAAGAUUUUCAGAAGCCAGUAAUAAAUCCACUUGUCAAGUUGCUGGCAACAGGUCUGCCAAACUAUGAGGGCGAGAAAUGGGCAAAACACCGUAAAAUCAUCAAUCCGGCAUUCCAUUUAGAGAAGCUAAAGCGUAUGUUACCGGCAUUUCACCAAAGUUGUAGUGAGAUGAUUGAAGAAUGGGAGAAGUUGGUGUCUAAGGAGGGUUCAUGCGAGUUAGAUGUUUGGCCUUACCUCGAAAGUUUGGCAGCUGAUGUGAUUUCUCGAGCAUCAUUUGGGAGUAGCUAUCAAGAAGGAAGGAAAAUAUUUCAACUCUUGAAAGAGCAAGCAAAACUUACAAUAAGAGCUUUACAGAGUGUUUACAUUCCAGGAUGGAGGUUUCUACCAACUAGGAGUAACAAGAGGAUGAAGGAGAUUGACAGAGAAAUUAAAGGUUCACUGAGGGAUAUUAUUAGUACAAGAGAAGAGGCAAUUAGGACGGGUGAAGCUACAAAAGAUGACUUAUUAGGUAUACUAAUGGAGUCUAACUUGAAGGAAAUUCGAGAAAAUGGGAACACCAAGAACGUUGGGAUGAGCAUUGAGGAUGUGAUUGAAGAGUGCAAGCUGUUUUACUUUGCGGGGCAAGAGACCACUUCAGUGUUGCUUCUUUGGACACUAGUUUUACUCAGUCAAAAUCAGAAUUGGCAAGCUCGUGCAAGAGAUGAGGUUUUGCAAGUGUUUGGAAGCAACAAACCAGACUUCGAUGGGCUAAGUCACCUCAAAGUUGUAACCAUGAUUUUACUUGAAGUUCUUCGAUUAUACCCAUCAGUUGUUGCGCUUCCUCGAACCACUCACAACAAAACACAGCUUGGAAAAUUAUCACUGCCUGCUGGAGUGGAAGUCUCCUUGCCCAUACUGCUUCUUCACCAUGACAAAGAAUUGUGGGGUGAGGAUGCAAUUGAGUUCAACCCAGAGAGGUUUUCGGAAGGAGUUUCAAAGGCAUCAAAGAACCAAUUUGCAUACUUCCCUUUCGGAGGGGGUCCAAGGAUCUGCAUUGGACAAAACUUUGCUAUGUUGGAAGCUAAAUUAGCCUUUUCACUGCUUUUACAACGCUUUACCUUCGAGCUCUCUCCAUCAUAUGCUCAUGCCCCAUCCUUAACUAUAAGCCUUCAACCUCAAUAUGGUGCUCAUAUUAUUUUACAUAAACGUUGAUUAGUGCUGAGAUAACAUUAUUGAUAAAGCCACAUCAAAUAAGAUUGAACCACGUAUAUUGUGGUAGUAUUUAUAUGUUCUCAUAAUUUUCUUUACAAAUUGUAUUUCUUUUAUCCUUAUGGUGGUAAUUGGAAGAGUCAUUGUACUAGCUUUGUUAUUAAUUUUUUAAUUGUCUUGGUUUA